CACCAACACCACCAAUAUCUGAUGACACUGAUCGACCAUUCUGGGCUGAAGAUGAAUUAAGUAGUUCAGAAUCAAAGCAGCAAUUAAACGAGAAACAGAAACGUCGGCGUAGUUUAUCUUAUCGUAAUCGUAUUGCAGUACACAGAAGUCGAUCUUUACUUUUUCAAUCAUCAAGUUCUAGUUUAGAUUCAUUAUCUGAACGAAUUUCACCUGGAGUUUUUAGACGGGAACAAUUUACGAAACAAUUCAAUAUAGAACAAAUCGGUUAUAGUAAAACAAAGAAGAAAUAUGCACGAAAAAAAGGAACUUCUUAUUUAAAUAAUGGUAAAACUAUUUGUACAAAGAAUAAAAAUAUUAAUCGGAAAUAAAUCCAAAGACAAGAAAUUGCACAAAUUAUGAGCUACUUUAUAACCAAUGAUUGUGGUAAAAAUCAGUAUGAAAAAGUUGGUGAAAUUCGAACUCAAUCAACACUACAUCCAGCUUUUAUUGGACUUAUUUUUUUGAGUUUCUGCAUGAUAUUUAUAAUAUUAUCACUAUGGAAUAUUGAUAAUACAAUAAAUCCAAAAAAUAAUACUUAUGUAUUUUACUUAAAGUCAAAACAUUCACUUUUACAUACAGUAUCAAACAAAUUUUUAUCAUUUGGUCUUGAUACAUCUUUACUUCGUGAUAUAAAAAAUCUUCCAAUUAAAAAUAACAAAUUUAUAAAUUUAGCUCAAUAUCUUGCACCAGCUUAUAUUCGAAUAGGAGGUACAUCUGCUGAUUGUUUAUAUUUUAAUCAGACAAUAAUUUCUGAAAAAGCAAUUAAUCCAGUGGAUGGGCAAGAUAUAACUAAUUUUACAAUUAAUGAAAAAGAUUUUGAAAAUUUAUACAAUUUUUCAAUAAAAUCAAAAUUACGAAUGAUAUUCGAUUUAAAUGUAUUAAUUAGAAAUAUUAAUGGCUCUUGGAAUGAUAUUAAUGCUAAAAAUAUAAUUUCAUUUGCCAAAAAUAAAAAUAUGAAAAUAGAUUGGCAACUAGGAAAUGAACCAAAUUCUUUCAAUCAUGUAUUUAAUAUAAAUAUUACUGCAAUUCAACUUGCAUAUGAUUAUCACCAAUUAAGACAAUUAUUAAAUGAAAUAGGAUAUAGUGAGAGUCUUCUUGUGGGUCCAGAAGUAAAUCAUGUAGGAGAUAUAAAUCGUAUAGGAGAACAUUAUGCGAAAACAUUUUUAGAAAAUGAUAAAAAUAGUAUAAACUAUGUCACUUGGCAUCAGUAUUAUUUGAAUGGAAAAGAAGCUCAAUUAAUUGAUUUUAUAAAUAUUUCAAUUUUUAAUUAUUUGCCAAAACAAAUUAAAUCUAUGCAAGAAGCAAUUCAAUCAUCAGGAAAAAUUAUUCCUAUGUGGUUAUCAGAAACAAGUACAGCUUAUGGUGGAGGUGCUCCAGAAUUGUCAAAUAGAUUUGUGGCUGGAUUUCUAUGGCUUGAUAAAUUGGGAUACAGUGCCAGUGCAGGAUUAAAUACUGUUAUUAGACAAUCAUUGUUUGGUGGAAAUUAUGCUAUGAUUGGACCUGAUCUUAUACCAAAUCCAGACUGGUGGGUUAGUGUAAUUUAUAAACAAUUUGUUUCAGAAAAAGUAUUAAAAUUAUCAUCAACAUCUUUUGAUUAUUUACGACUUUAUGCACAUUGCACUCCUGAGAAAUCAUGGAUUAAUAAAAUUGUAGCAAUUACAAUAUAUGGAAUUAAUUUAUAUAAAUAUUCUAUUAAUGUCACUAUUCAAGGAAUUCCUAUAUCUCAUAAGAAUUCUAAGGUUUUUUUGUAUGCACUCACUUCUAAUAAUUUACAAUCAAGAGAUAUAAAAAUAAAUGGAGAAGUAUUGAAAUUGCAAUCUAAUGGCAGUUUGCCAUUAUUUCAACCUAUAAUAUUAGAAUCCACACAAUUAAUUACUUUACCAUCUUAUUCUAUGAUAUUCAUUGUAAUACAUGGCGCAUAUGUUCCAGCAUGUCAUACAUAAAUAUAUAAUGAUAAUAAUAAAUUUGAUGAAAUUUUAUAUAUA